AUGGAAAGAAUCUUCAAUGAUAGCCGAGUCUAUGAAAUUGUGUUACAAGGAUUCAAAACUCUUCAGCCCUUCAAUGUUCUUCUGUUCAUCAUCCUUCUUGUCAUCUACCUGUUUAUCAUUUCUGGCAAUGCUGUAAUACUGCUUAUAAUCUGCAGAGAGUCCGCCCUGCACUCCCCCAUGUACUUCUUUAUUGCUGCUUUAUCUUCCUUGGAAAUCUGCUACACGGCCGUCACUAUUCCAAAAAUGUUGGCCGACCUAUUGGAUGAAGAGAAGAAGAUCUCUUUGAAUGGAUGCCUUGUGCAGGCUUAUUUCCUACAUGCUCUUGGAGCAGCUGAAUGCUACAUCCUCACAAUCAUGGCAUAUGACCGAUAUUUGGCCAUCUGUAAGCCAUUGAGAUACUCAUCUAUUAUGACUACUGGCCUAUAUAUCAAUUUAAUUGCCGCUAUUUUUAUUGGAGGAAUUCUAACCCCGGUCAUUGAAACUAUCUUUAUUUCUAUCCUUCCAUUUUGUGGUCCAAACCGUAUUGAGAAUGUAUUCUGUGACUUCCCUCCAUUGAUCUCCUUGGCAUGUACAGAUACUCGGUUAUAUAUAAUGGUCGAAUUUAUUGUCAGCUCCAUUGUCAUCCUCCUGACUUCUGCAUUUGUUUUUUUCUCUUACACCAGGAUAAUAUACAUUAUCCUAAGGAUUAAGUCAAAAGAUGGACGCCGGAAAGCCUUCUCUACCUGCGGGGCGCACCUUAUUGUUGUCACUCUGUCUUUUGGCAGCAUUAGUUUUAUGUAUAUACGUGUGACAAGUAGUUACUCUGUAGACUAUGACCGGGUGGUGGGCCUCACCUAUGCUGUCUUUAUACCUUUAGCCAACCCCAUCAUCUAUGGACUGAGAAAUGAGGAAAUAAAAAGAUGCCUAUAUAAACUUUUACUGUCAAAAUAA